UCUAGACCAAUCAGAUCGCGAGAUUUCGCUGUUCCGCUUUCCCUGAAAUUCUUUGCUGAUCUGACUUGAGACUGAGAGAAUUCAAGAUGGCUGUCUCAGGCUCCAGAUGAGGGCUUCCUCCUGCUUUGCCCUGGUGUGUAAAUCUUUCUUGCGGCUGACUUGAGUGUCAGUGCUGCCAGUCCCUCACUGCCCCUUUGGAGACAGCAUGUCCAACACCUCCUCCUGUUCCUCCUCGGGGGAAACCAGCCCGGAUGACACGCCCCGAGGUGGGGGCACCAUCCGUGUCUACCUCCCCAACAAGCAGCGGACAGUGGUAAACGUUCGGCCUGGGCAAACUGUCUAUGAUAGUCUAGAUAAAGCCCUGAAAGUCAGAGGCCUAAGCCAGGAUUGCUGUGCUGUCUUUCGCCUUCUUGAAGGCCGGAAGAGACUUACAGAAUGGGACACUGACAUCACACCCCUCGUAGGGGAAGAGCUUCUGGUAGAAGUGCUGGAUGAUGUUCCCCUUACAAUGCACAACUUCGUACGGAAAACAUUCUUUAAGUUAGCAUACUGUGACUUCUGCCACAAGUUCUUGUUCAACGGCUUCAGGUGUCAGACAUGUGGGUAUAAAUUUCACCAGCACUGCAGCAGUAAAGUCCCCACAGUAUGUGUGGACAUGGACACCAUGACAAAACGGUGUCUUCCUAAUACAGAAGACUGCCCUUCGAUAUUGAUAUAUCCGGCCACCAAUUCCAUAUCACAGAGCGACAUGCCUUUAACCUCAGAUUCUCAUGGAGAGGACAUGCUGUCUUCUGGGUCAAGCUACCGUUUGAUCAUUCGAGGAGAGGAUGGUCAGUCUCUUCAGAGGCAUCGCUCCACCUCAACCCCCAACGUCCACAUGGUCAGCACGCUGGAGCCUGGUGCUGCUGGCCUCUUGGAGGAGCCAUUCAAAAUCUUCCCAAUGGAUUCUUCUCCCAAGCCUUCCACUAGCCCACCCCACCUAGGGUCACCAGGAAGAAAACCCCACAAAUCCCCUUCCGAGUCCAAGGAGCGAAAGCAAUCCUCAUCUGAUGAUAAAAAGAAAGUGCACCGGGGAGGUUACAGAGACUCCAGUUACUACUGGGAGGUGCACUCGCGGGAGGUGUCCAUGUUAAAAAGGAUUGGAGCAGGUUCUUUUGGGACCGUUUAUAAAGGAAAGUGGCAUGGAGACGUGGCUAUCAAGAUUCUUAAAGUGACAGAGCCCACACCAGAGCAGCUCCAGGCCUUUAAAAAUGAGAUGCAGGUUUUACGAAAAACACGCCACGUCAACAUUCUGCUGUUCAUGGGCUUCAUGACAAAGCCAAAUUUUGCCAUUAUCACGCAGUGGUGUGAGGGCAGCAGCCUGUACCGCCACCUGCAUGUUACUGAGACCAAGUUUGACACCAUGCGCCGUAUUGAUGUUGCUCGCCAGACUGCACAGGGCAUGGAUUAUCUUCACGCCAAGAAUAUCAUUCAUCGGGACUUGAAAUCUAAUAAUAUCUUCCUGCACGAAGGCUGGACGGUAAAGAUUGGUGACUUUGGGCUGGCCACGGUAAAGUCUCGCUGGAGUGGCUCUCAGCAGGUCGAACAACCCAGUGGCUCCAUCCUGUGGAUGGCCCCUGAGGUGAUCAGAAUGCAAGACACUAACCCAUACACCUUCCAGUCAGAUGUAUAUGGAUAUGGAGUGGUGCUCUAUGAACUGAUGUCUGGGACUUUGCCUUAUUCAAAUAUCAACAACCGCGAUCAGAUUAUUUUCAUGGUGGGUCGUGGGUACUUGUCUCCAGACCUCAGUAAAUUAUACAGUAACUGCCCUAAAUCAAUGAAGAGGCUCAUCAUCGACUGUCUGAAAUUCAAACGGGAUGAGCGGCCUCUUUUCCCACAGAUCUUGGUAGGGAUCGAGCAGGUCCAGGAUCUGUUGCCAAAAAUCGAGCGGAGUGCCUCUGAGCCGUCUCUACACCGUGCUGUACACGCCGAGGACCUGAACCCGCUUCUCCUUCACACCACGCGCUUCCUGUGAGACUCUCAGAGAUGAUUCGCUCUUCUCCUGAAUGCCGUGCAGCAUCAUUCCCAGCAUGGAAUCCUGAGUUCCUCUCAUUAUUCCACACAUUCCUGAAAGCACCCUAAUUAUUUCAUUGGUCCUACAUAUAGUCAAACACACAUCAAGUUUAUCAACUUAUUCAUGCUACCGUUCUUGUCUUUUUUGGUUUUUGGUUCCGGCUGCUCCUCUGUAAAGCUGCCUGUAGAGAAUGUCACACUCUUUCUGGACCAGCUGCUUUCUAAAACUGAAGCAUGAAAUAAACAUGCUAUCUUACUACACUUAUUGGAUUUUGAAAUCCAAGCAUCAUAUCGGCAAUGUAUCGGCACAAUCUUAAUAUAACCUCCUUUUUUGAGGUAUAUUUCAAAAUGUGUUAUGGUGGCUUACACGUUACCUUUUUUACUUUGAGUACUUUUUUUUCCCGCAGAACAAGCAAACCAGCAUGGAGAUUGUUUCUUUUUUUCUCUCUCUGCCUGUUCUCCUUGCUUGAACUUCAUUGCCCAGAGAUAGCACACUGUGAUGGUUCCAUUCAUCUACAUCAGUCACAGAGACUCUCUGCUCACACAUUGGUUUGCAGGCAGUUGGUUUUAGUUCACAAUUACAAUCAUGCGAGUUCAUGGUCAUAAACCCAUUAUAAUUUUUCUGCCGUCUUUUAAUUCCGUUAUUUUUCAGAUGGGAAAUCUUAUGGAAAAUAUUGCUUAAAAUCUGGUGUCAGAUUAGGUUGGAUGUACAUGUGACCUUAAUAAUUGUGCUGUGCAUUUGUGAUAUUUAAAAACAAAAUCCUUUUAUUUGGCUUUACUGUUGGGCUUCUUUUCUAUGUCGGUCAGCUUUAAAUUGUGUAGCAUAAUGAAAUUAAGAAAAAGGAACAAAUUCUGUUGGUAUUCUCAAAGCAGUGCACUUCCUGAAGUAACAGGGAAGGAAAAAUUGAUGAUUUAUAUUCUUAUGUUCCUUUGAAAAUGAGUACAUUUGCUUUCUGGGUUUAUAAAUGAAUGACUUUGUUUUAAAAUAUUUCUUCUUAAAACUGAGUAAACGUUCACAAACUAAACUAAAAUGGCACAUGAUGACCAUAAGCAGGACUGGUAAACUAGUACUGACACUUCAUCCCAAUCUGACUUGUGAACUGAUGCAUUGUUCACACGUGGCGUUGUUAACCGAAUGCCUCUGUUGCCUGUGCUGUUGGAUGUUUGUACAGUCACUUUCUCUGAGUUUCUGGGAAACCUGUGUGAGCACAGACUUUAUUUUGCAGUCACAGCAGCUUUAAGAUGGAGUUACGGUUGAUGUCCUGGAGCAGUUUUUGAAACGAAAAAUACAUUUCUUAAAUUAGGCUGCUAACUUAAGGCCCGCUGCUGACCUCUGGUUAAUCGACUCUGAUUCUGACCAGUUUCAGCAUUGAGUGAGAUGAUCAAACUUCAGAUGCUCUUUCAUUUCCACAGGGCUCUAGUAAGAGCAGACAUUUCUAGCAUUUCUUUCUAAUCGAAUUUGUGGCAACAUGGGCUGAGGGAGUGUUUCUGGAUGCUGUGUUCUUUCAGUUCAUUGGUUCAUUUUAUUCACUAAACUCAAAAGCAUGACUUUGAGGAACAGUUGUGCUGUUUAAUAGCAAUAUUAAAGUUCUUAUUCCUCCCAUUCAGUUGGUUUCAAUAGGACUGACUGAAACCUACAAUGAUGGGGCCUUAUGAGAUCUACAUUUUCCAUCUGUCCUUUUAAUGGAGUCUUAAUAUAUGUAACUUAUUGUUUCAUAACUGACACCUCUUAUCUAGCAAUAUUCGAAUGGGGCUGGGUCCCCCAUUGAGCUGUACUCAUUCCAAAUACGAUGCCUAUGGAAAAUUCAUUGGGCGAUUCUGUAUCUUUUGUUCAUGAAAGAUAGUUUCACAUCCCCUCAAUGACUAUUGGAAAUGGGAAAUAUGUUGUAGUUUCAGACAAACCUGGCUAUAUAUAUAUAAUAUAUAUAUAUAUAUAUAUGUAUGUAUAUGUAAAACGGUUUGUUUUUGUUUUUUACACAAAAAAAUCAGUUCCUCUGUUAUUACUUAGAAAACAGGGUGUGUUGUGUGUAAAGUGUUUCUGGCCUCUUGUAGAAUGAUGAUGUGGUACUCUCCAAGUGUAGAAUUUUGCUAAGAAACCAGUGGUAAUAAUAUUGUUCAGUACUAAAGGAGGUAAUUGAGUUAUCAAGGAUUUGUAGAUGGCACUAUAUGCUCUUCUCUAUUCAUAACGGUUGAGAAAACAAGACUAUCGGUUUAUAUUUGUAUACAUUUGGAUGCACAUCUAGUUCUAUUGAAAUUUGUAAUACAUUUAAAGCUAUAAACAAAUGAUAUGGCUUUAAAACUACAGCUUGGAAACCUCCCACCAAAUUCCAGCCUUACUCAUUUUAUGAGAAACUGUAACUGGUCCUACCAACUAUGGAUAUUUGCAGCAUUGCCUUAAUGGCCUUAAUGUCCCUCUAGUAGAUACAUUUGGGACAAAUACAUUCCCCCCCCCCCCCUCCCCCAUAUCUUUUUAAGCACCUCAUUUGCUUAAAGCACACUUUUAUAGUUUCCAUUAAGCCCAAAAUAAGAUAAUCAAUAUGAGAUCCAGUUUCUGCUUUUGCACAAGGGCACGAAUGCAAAAGCAUGAACCUUUAGAUCAGUGUACAAGCCACCAUUUUUCAGAACAGAAAAUAUAACGAAAGAUCAAUUUUUGUUUAAAGAAAAUAGUUUUGCAUAUUUUAGGUGAACUGCAAUAAUGUGUAUAGUUGAAGAGGUCUAUGGGGUGUUUGCGAAAAAUGGUGUAUUCUGCCGUGUACAGUUCCUUUUUUUUUUUUUUUUUUUUUUUUUUUUUUUUUAAGAAAAAGAUUCAAUUGUAUUUGUUUCUAUUUUUUGUGUGAUGGUUCAAAAAGAACAAAAUUAUUUUAAAACAUGUAAAGGAAAUCUUAGUCUUUUUUUUUAGUUUUUUGGGUUUUAAAUAUUGUGGAGAGGAUUUUGUUCUAAAAAUAAAACCAUUGAAUUCUGA